CAGUCGCCUGCUGCAGCUGCAGCAGCAGCAGCCCCCAGAUGCUGAAUUUUCUGCUAGUCAAAUUCCGCCAGAGGCUAGGGAUCUUGCGGGAUUCGCGCAUCCCCUGCCGCCAGACUGGGAGCAACUGCUGAGAGGGGACUCCGGGAGCUGCCAGAGCGGGUGAAACUGCUAGGGAGGCACGGCGUAAAGUUAGUGUCAAGGAAAGGUGGCGCCUCAGAGGGAUGGGUUUGCACCCAGAAUCGCUGAAGGUUUCGUGGGGAGUUCUUGUCCUGUUCUGCCUGCUGCAGGAGGAGGCUGUGGGCUCAGCAAAGGACCGACACCAAGCAGGUUGGGCCCAGGGCCAUGCAUCGCUGGUAGGCGUAGAAGCUCAGUCCUGGGAGCGAAAGACACGGGAAACUUCACCAGAAGACAAAAAGACCCGAAUCAGCCAGGAUCUUGGUGGAAGGAGCUUGACUAUUGACACUUUGACAGACAAUGAAACACAGAUUGUGGAAGACAACCACAGCUACUACAUAUCCCGGAUUUAUGGUCCCGGUGAAAUGCGGGCCAAGGAACUCUGGGUGGAGGUAGCAGAAGCCAAUCGGAGCCAAGUCAAGGUCCACGGAAUCCUAUCUAAUACACACAGGCAGGCCUCGAGAGUCAUCCUGUCAUUUGACUUCCCCUUCUAUGGGCAUCACCUGCGGCAGGUCACCAUAGCAACAGGAGGUUUCAUCUUCAUGGGCGACGUCAUUCAUCGGAUGCUGACGGCCACACAAUACGUUGCCCCCCUUAUGGCAAACUUCAACCCCAGCUACUCUCGCAAUUCCACAAUCAAGUACUUCGACAACGGAACGAUCUUUGUGGUUCAGUGGGACCAAGUGUAUCUCGAAGGGAAAGAAGACAGAGGCAGCUUCAUCUUCCAGGCAGCUUUGCACAGUGAUGGGAGAAUUGUCUUCGGCUACAAGGAUAUCCCCAUGUCAGUCCUGGAAAUUAGCGCAGCACAACACCCUGUGAAAGCGGGCCUCUCGGAUGCUUUCAUGAUCCUUAACUCCUCCCCCGCUGUGCCUGAAUCUCACCGUCGGACCAUCUAUGAAUACCACCGCGUGGAACUGGACACUAGCAAGAUUGCAAGUGCAUCAGCGGUGGAGUUUGUGCCCUUGCCCACUUGCCUCCAGCAUCAGAGCUGUGAAGCCUGCAUGACAACUGAUGUGACCUUUAACUGUAGUUGGUGUCAUGUCCUGCAGAGGUGUUCUAGUGGAUUUGACCGACACCGUGAAGAAUGGUUGGAAUAUGGCUGUGGCCAAGAGUCAGAAGAGAAGACCUGUGCAGACUUUGAAGAGGAUGAACAUUACUACUCAACAUCCCCCAGCAAUCCCCCACUCAGAGAGGAUGUCACCACUUCUUCCCACUUUGUUGACAGCCUAACCACAGAAGAUGACACAAAGUUGAACCAGAAUCCAGAAGGAGAAGGUUUGGGAGAUGAACUCCCUGCAAAGAAAGUGGGCUCCCAGCUCCAUACAGGAACAAUUGUUGGGAUUGUCUUGGCCGUCCUGCUCAUCGCAGCUAUUAUCCUUGCCGGCAUCUACAUCAGCAACAAUCCUACCUCCAGUGCUGCUUUGUUCUUCAUUGAGCGGAGACCGCACCAGUGGCCUGCCAUGAAGUUCAGAAACCACUCUACAUAUACUGAAGUAGAGCCAGCUGGCCAUGAGAAGGAGGGAUUUGUCGAAGCUGAUCAGUGCUGAAGAAUACUUCUAUAUUAUUGCUCCUACACCUUUAAAACAUCAAGUGUUUCCCAUCUUCUGUUUAUUUCAUGAUGAAUACAAUUGAAGAAAUAGUAAAAGAGGAAAAGGGGGGAUAGUAAACACAAUUAAAAAGAAAGUUCCCAAAGAUAAUAAAAAUGGAUACGUGUGGACCUAAAAGCAUGGAAAAGGCAUGCAAAUUUGGCAUAUGGGCACUGGAUGGAUCAAUAAGGAGUAAAGGCUUUAUUGCAGAGGUGGUAGCGACCCACUUCAUACUAGGUUUUGUCAGGUGUAGCCAUCCACAGCUAUUUAUAGCACCAAUGAAAUGUAGCCUCUGCUCUUCCUGCUUUUUCCAGGCACUGUAACUAGAUGGUACAGAUAACCAAAAAAUGCAUGGUCGUCUCUUUACGUUAUGGGGAGCACCACACAUAAUUUUUAUAAAGCCCCAGUAUGGUGGGAAAACAAAUAUGUGAAGCUGUCCCAGGAAUGGGGAAAAUUUACCUCUGCAGCUGAAAUAUUGAAAUUUACUAUUUCAAUAUCCCUCAAGGGGCUUAUCCCAUUCGGGGUUAUGCCUAAUAGUGUCAUGGUCUGACUGGUCUGACUUGCACUCUUUGAAUAUCUCACUUUUUGGAUGCAGCACUUGACAUUUGUGGCUUGGGGGAGCUUAAACUCAGUCUGAAAUGCCACCUUCAUAUUUAUCUGUAAUGGCAGCAUAAAUUCAGGCCAGGAGAAGGAAAACAUUAAUUAAGGAGGCCCUGCCAUUGACAGUAAUCGCCCCUAGUUGACAGCUAAACCAGCCAGAGGAUAAAAUAUGUACCAAACUUGGCAUCAGACGCUAAAACAACAGCACGACUCAUCUUAUUUCUGCUGUGAAUUACUAGCUUCACUUCACAAUUGGCUCUAGGGUUUAGUUCGUUAGUUUUAUUUUCUGUCUUUUUACUGAUUUUAAAGUGCUAAUUCUAGUCAUUGGUUUCAGUAGCACAAUAAAAUGGGGGCCUAUCAGUGGGGAGCUGAAAAGUUUACCUAAUUUAAUGGAGGGCAAGUUACAUCCUGUUGAUCUAGAAAGUAAAUUCUCUUGCCCUUCCCCGUCCCCACACAGCACCAUUUCUGAUCCCAUUAACUACUACAUUUAAGUUGGGAUCAGGACCCAGUCUCUUAUAAAGGGAGUCUUAUGGCAUCUAUAAAAAUACAGAUUUUUUAACGUCUUGGAAAUAGUGUAGUUCUUUGAGUUUCUGUUCUCUCUCUCUCUCUCUCUCUCUCUCUCUGAUCUGCUUGUAUCAUAGCUUUCCAAUAUUUUCCACAAUCUGAUAGUGUGGGAAAGCAUACCUGUGAAAUGCUGGUACGCAUCCCUGAAAAGUUAUUGAACUAUUUUUCAGUCUAGUGCGGAUUCCUCUAUCAUAAAUAGCACUAUGUGUUCUGAGGCAUAGUUUUCAAUCCCAGAUUUUGCCACUAGCUCCAGCUCCCUCCUAAGGUAAAAUCUACAUCUUAUUGCAAACUAUAUCUAAUGUUUUGUAUUUCCAGAGGGGUAGCCAUGUUAGUCUGUUGCAUAAAAAUCAACAAAGAGUCUUGUGGUACCUUAAAUAUUAACCAAUUUAUUGUUGCAUAAGCUUUCAUGGACAGAUGCUAUAAAAGAUGCAUUGUCCACUUUAUGCCAGAACAAAUUUGUUGGUCUUUACAUUUAAAAUAAAAUUGUAAGUUUUUAAGAUGUCACAAGUCUCUUUGUUGGUAAUGUUUUGACAUUAUUGUGAGCAUCUCUGCAUGUUUCACAGAAAGGAGUAUGUGCCUGCACAGGUUUUGCAUAUUUUCUGAGGGCUGAUCCACAUGUUACAAGCCACAUCUCCUUCCCAUUUCUCCAGGUAACAUUUUGCAGGCACAUGCUGUGAUGUCAUCACAUUCUGCACUUCCCACACUGCACAUAUUGGCUGCCAUGGACAGGGGUGUGGGAAAUUCCUUAUACCAUAUUGUUAUCGCAAUCAUGCAGAGACUGCCAUUUCUGAUUUAAAGUAACAUGUAGGUUGGCUCUGAGCGUUUAAAACAAAAACCGUAUACUUUCCCAGGCUGUAGGGCAGGGGAGGGCUACCUCCGACCUGCAGAGGUUCCCCAUCGGAGUGGCUAAGCCCCUUUUGAUGUCAUUUGGCCUGCUGAGAGCUGCGUGGGUGGAGGUCAUUCCCCCACCCCCACCCAUGCAAUUAUGGUGGCCUCCCUUGGUGUAUGGAGAGAUUGCACAAAAUAAAAGCAAGUAUACAUAUAGAGAACUAUAGCAGCUGUGCUGCUUUGCUUGGGGGGAAAAGAUGAUGUCACUUUUCAUUCUUAGUGGGGAUGUGUCCUAAACUUCUGUAGCCCCAUUCCAAGUCCAGGCUGAGCCUGUUUGCCUAAGGGGUUUCCUCAGGAGCAAAUUAUAACCAUGUACAGUACAUAAGUGAUUUUGUAUAAUUGUAUAGCCAUAUAGAGAUGUAGAUAUAGGCAAAGUGAAAUUGGAGCUGUUAUCAGGUUUCCGUCCUUUGCUAAGCUGAUUUUUUAAAGGAUAGUUUGGGGGGAAACCCAUGUAAGAUGCAGCACAGUCCAACUUCACAUCCUAGUGGAUCCUUCUAAGGACAGUGUAUAUGCUGUUAAUUUAUCAAAACCAGUAGUGUGCCAGCUGAAGUGUCAGGCUGGGGUGAAGAAGAGAUCCCUGAAAGAAAAGGACAGGAUCAUAUAUUUGUUCACUGACCUCUCUUAGAAAGAGUGGGCCAGAGUCAUAAAAUUCAAAGAAUUUAAUAAAGAGAAGCAGAACUUGAGAGGCAGUUCUUCAACUCUCAGAUAAGGAUGUCUUUACAAGGUAUUAUUUGGGCAUUUUAGUACUGAUUUGGAAGAACAUAAGCAGGAAUUAUGUGUUCUGUGCUGACACUAUGACAUAGUUCACACAUAUUGACCUCAUUUGCAUGUAACAACAACAACGGUUGAAACAAUCCAUGGGUUGCCAUGCACAAGCAGGACAGGGCAAGUGCACUAUCCACCAUUUCUGCUUUUACUCAACAACCUAUGAUUGGCUUGUUUGUAAGUUUUUAAACAUGACGUGCAAACCCAUACUGAUGGGUUCUUUAGGGACUGAAUGACCCAGUGAUGAACCUUUUGUUUGUUGUUGGGUUAACUGCUGGAUUGUUUAGCCCCUAAAUAACCCAUCAGAUUAGGUUCGCAUAUCAUGCUCAACAACCAACAAACCAGCCGAUUGUAGGUUGUUGAUUAAAAGCUGAAGUGGCUGCAGGCAGUGUACCCGCUCUUUCCUGCUUGUCCCUGACAGCCCAUGGUUUGUUUACAUGUGAACUGUCCCAAUGCUAACCCUUGGUUUAUUUUACCCAUGGUUUGUUGCCCUACCCAGGGUUUGUUUGGAAGACAACCAAACCAAACAGGGUUUGUUUUCUCAAUCCCUGGGUAGCUUGUUUCCCUCCUCCUUUGCCCACACAUUCCUUGUAUCCCAAAUGCUUUUGUGGUGCUGUAGUACUGGCAUGUACAGCACCUGAGGUCUUUUUAAUUGCAAUUGUCCACUGCCUCUGUAGCCUAGCGAAACAAGCCAUGGUUCUGGGUUUGCACAUAAUGACAACUCCUGGUUUAAACUACCCAGAGUUCACAACCCAACAACAAACCAUGGGUUCUCUUUCUGGGUUGUUUGUAGUUAACAAACUAUGGUCUAUUAGUGUGGCCAGGUUCGCACAUCACAACAACCCAUGGGUUAGCAUUAUGUGCAAACCGUUCUGUGAAUCAUAAUGCUGGCCUACAUCAACUCUAUGUAUCAGUUGGAGGUACAUGGCUAGCUAAAGAACCAGGGCAUGAAAAUGGCAGGAUUUAGAUGUGUUGACCAUAUCUAAUCCUACAAAAAGCCCCAAUUAGGAGCUCCCUUUAAGUAAGGAAUCCAUUCAGUUGAUAUCCACAGGAAGCAGGUCCUAAGUACCAAAUUAUUUAUCUCUCAUAGCAAUGCAAGGCCUAAUUUCUUUCUACAUACUUGAAUCUAUGGCAUAAUACAAUUUGGAGGGUGGUGUGGGAAAGCUUAAGGCAAGGCAUUUAGUAUGGAUUGUCUGCAUGGAUUGCAGUGUUGAUACUAAUAUAUAUUAUAAAAUAUUAAUUACUUGUACUUUGGGGGAUUGCUUUGAUUUUCAGAAUAAAAAAGCAACAAUAAUAAUUGAUGUUCAGAUUUGUGUGAAAUUGCAAGAUUUCAUAGUUAACAUAUAGGCAUA